CCAAAACAGUGUUUUCAUACCAGUGUUGCCAAAUUGUACCCCUUAAAUAACAACAUAAAUCAAUGAGUGGUUUAAAAAUCUCGCUUGAUUUCAUCAAAUUAUGCAUCAUAUUUAACUGUGCACACAAAGAAAUAUAUUUUGGGCGGCUGAACGUGGGAGUCAGCGAGGCGCAGGCGAGGGCGUGGUGACGGCAACACAAUAUUCACAUUAAAUCAACGAAUUACAAGCGACGCAUUUGGCGCGCGUCCCGCUUGAAACAAAACUAAAAACACGGCACGUGCUUUGUUUUGAAUAGAAAUUACAGCAAAAUAUGAACGACGAACGUUAUGGGAGAUUUGGAGCACUCAUUGGCGUUGCAUACGUGAGCAGCACCCAUUGUCGUUUUUUAAUUUACUCAACGAAAAAUGCCGAAGUAUUGGCCUAUCAUGAACUAAAACUGCGACAGAUUGUGCAUAAUGCCGGCUGGCUGGAAUACGAUCCCGCCGAGAUCUGGAAACUUAUGCAAGAGUGCAUUGAGACUGCCUAUAAAAAUCUAGUGAUAUUGGAAAUCAGUCCGCAUGACAUCAUUGCAGUUGGCAUUGCAAAUCAACGUGGUACCACUGUGCUCUGGAACAAACAGACGGGUCAAUCUUUACACAAUGCUAUUGGUUGGUCCGAUUGUCGCUGCACUCCAUUACUCAAGUCCCUGCUCCAUAAUGUCAAGCAUAAUGUGAAUUAUGUGCAAUAUCGCAGCGGGCUCCCGUUAAGCAGCUGUUUCAGUGCCUUGAAGAUUAAAUGGCUAUUGGAGAAUGUGCCCUCGGUGGCGAAGGCUGUGGAGGAUGAGCAGUGUUUAUUUGGCACACUGGAUUCAUGGCUCUUAUGGAAUCUAACUGGAGGCGUCGAUGUGGGCGUGCACUCCACAGAUGUGACCAAUGCACACUACACAGCGCUAAUGAAUGUCGGCACAGAGCAGUGGGAUGUUAAGCUCUGUAAAUUCUUUAAGCUGCCAUUGGAAAUUCUGCCACGUAUACGUUCAAAUUCGGAGAUUUUUGGCUAUAUUGUGGAGGGUCCAUUGCUGGGAGUGCCGAUUGCGGGCAUGAUUGGUGAACAGCCGGCGGCAUUGUUGGGUCAACUGUGCGUCAAGGCGGGUCAGAAUGUUUGUACCCUGGACGACAGUUGCUUUGUUCUGUUAAAUACCGCACAACAGAUGAUCCAGUCGGACAAUGGUCUGAUCACGGGAAUAGCGCACAAAUUGGGACCAACUGCCGAUACGCAUUUUACGCUGGAGGGUGCCAUUUCCAAUGCUGGCUCCACUGUCAAUUGGCUGCGUCAGGGACUGCGCAUUAAUACAGAAAUCAAUUCCAAUGAUAAUGUUGUUGAAUCACUGAAUACAUUUAUUGGCGAGAAUUCAAUGAUCUCCUCGUCCUGCUCCUCAAGCAUGCUGAAUGUGGAGUGUGGACUUGCAGCUAAGCGCUCGGAGAUUACAUUUGUUCCCGCCUUCCAUGGUCUGUAUGCGCCUUAUUGGCGCUACGAUGCGCGGGGUAUACUUCUUGGUUUGACCAGUCAGACGACUGCAGAGAAUAUCACACAGGCGGCGUAUGAAGCAACUGGUUUUCAGAUCUACGAGGUGCUGCAAGCCUUUAAACGGGACACACCCAACUGGGAUCCAUCGUGUAUGCAACCCGUGUUGACAUUUGGCGGCGAGUACUCGGAGAACAGUCAUCUGGUGCAGUUUAUUGCUGACAUUAUUGGUUGGAUGCUGGAACGUCCGCAGACUACAUCACCAGCUGGCCUGGGAGCCAUGAUAGCUGCCGGCGUGACCAUGAGAGUGGUGUCAUUACCUUAUGCGACGCGUAUGUACGCACCACCCACGGACGUCUUCUCUCCCACAACCACGCAAAAUCGUCGUGAGCUUCUGUAUCGUCGUUGGGAUUAUGCGGUAAAGAAGUGUCUGCAUUGGAACAAUUAUGAGACUUAUGAAGCGGAUGUGGAACUGUUUGCCCAAAGGGAACGAGAUCCCAACUUACCCAUACGUCGUUCCAUACCGGGCAGUGUGUUCCUUACCACAUCUUUUGCAUUGUUGUUGCUGGCCAGUUUUUUGAAGAACAAUCGCUUGACUUAGACUAAGACAAAGCAGACAAAGCUUUAAGGCGCCCAACAUUAUGAAAUCUAGUCACAACAAAUAUGUAUGUAGGUUUUAAUUGAGCAUUCAAAAUUUAUGGUUUAGUUUAGCAUGUAAUUUGUUUAUUGCAUAUUUCUCUUUACUGAUUUUUCUUUCUUUAGUAUAAACUUCAAAAAAGUUUUGUGAUUGGUAUAUACAAGUUAUAUACGUAACUAACUAUAUUUAUAUAUGUAAACAGAUAUAUAGAUACAUGUCCUAUAUACUCAGAGCGUUAAACGGAUAUAUCAUUAAAAAAAAUAUUGUUGCAAAUUUCUAAUUUUUGCUCAAUUUAGCUGUUAAUUUAGGUUUCUAAUUUAUAUUGCAACUGAUUUGUUUUAACCAAAAAGACAAUUGUUAAAGCUGUGUAUGUAUAGUAAUUAUUAUAAGCCAAAAUUAGGGCCAGCAUCCAAAAAAAUACCUAAAAACACUGUUAAUGUGAAUUUGCCACAACCAAAGGAUUAAAAAAAUUUAUUGUAAAUGAGAGAGAA